CUAAUGGUUUCAACCUUAGACGAGUGUAAACUUUAGAUAAGUGUGUGUGUGUGUGUAUGUGCUCCCUAAUAAAACACGAAAACAAUCGUCUGAAGUGUCUUCGAGUCGACUGGUAGGCAGUGGGCACGUGUACGGCUCUGAUAAUCGAAAGACGAGUGCUUUCCAGUAAUGUAUACAAACGACACUGUGUAACACAGUGUGUUAACUGUGCUUUUUAACUUGUGCUUUCCAACUACGACAUAAGUCGACACAAUUGUACAUAGCUGAGAUGUGUUCGAAUACUUCGAAUGUGUCGACUUGUGUCGUAGUUGGAAAGCACAGGUUCGCACACAUUACAAUGUCGCCUGUAUACGUUAUUAGAAAACACUGCAGUUUAGCUGUAUACGAUUGUAUCAACUUGUUGGAAAGCACCGUUAGAAAGCACCCAGAGAUUUCAAGUUCAGUGUGUUGAUGUUUUACUGAAGAUCAUAAUUAAUACAGAAAAUGCAUGUUUCCUGUGCUUGCCAAAUUAUAAUUUGAAUGGUGACGGACAUAGUGCUAAACGAAAAACAGUACAAAGAAGAAGUAAAGUCUGGUGGAAAAGGUGGUGGUACAACUAAUUUAAGAAACCACUUAAAACGAAAUCACGCAGGAAAUAAAGAAGUAAAAGUAGCUUUAGGAGAAAGUGAAACAAGUAAUAAAAAGGCUUCUAACCCGGAAGAAGCAAAUUCGAGUCAGUUACAAUUAUUAUCAGCGACAUCUACCUCUACAUCCAUGCCCAUGGACCUAUCUGAAUCUAAUUUAACAACUACUACUUCUUCACCAGUACCUAGUCUGUCAGAAUCAGAAAGCAGAUUUGGUUAUUUGGUUAAACCAUUUGUAUUCCAGCCAAGAAUCGACAGCUCUUUUAAGCAAAUAAAAUCAUUUGGAGAGGGAGGUACAAGAGCAGGAGAAAUCACCAAUGCCAUCCUUUUCAUGAUUGCCAAGGAUUGUAUGUCUUUCCAGACAGUAGAUAAUGAAGGAUUCAGGAACCUGAUGAAAACUACUGUUCUUCUUUAUUCUGUACCUGGAAGAAAGUCGAUCACAAAAAAAAUGGAAGAAAAAUAUGAGUACUUAAGCGAAUGUGAAAAAAAAUUGGAAAAAAUUGAUUAUUUCUCGGUAACGAUGGAUAUCUGGACCGAUGUACUCAACACCGUUAACUAUUUAGGGAUGACUGCUCACUACGAAUUUGAAGGAGAAUUGCAAUCCACCACGAUUGGUGUUACGGAAAUGACAGAGCGACACAUCUCUGAAGUUAUAGGAAGAUGGGUGAAAACGAUUUUAGAGGACUGGCACAUCAAUGAUGAAAAAAUAGUUGUUGUCGUAACUGAUAACGGAGCGAAUAUUAAAAAAGCAGUUAGAGAUACCUUUGGAUCUGCUAGACAUGUUGCCUGUUUUGCUCAUUCAAUAAAGGACCCCGCACAUUUCUUAUGGAAAUGGGGUCCCGGUCAAAUUGGCUGAAAUUUUGAUAUGAUGUAGGUUUUAACUCACUGAACAAAAGUCUCAAUGGUCACCAGGUCAAAUAAUCAAAAGUUUUUGAGUUAUAGCGGUUCAAAUGUCCAAAAUUGACCUCUGUCAGCCGAUAUAACAACCGUUGCUCAACUCUCACGACGUGGACGUGAUGGUAGGCACUUGAGAUUAAAUGUGUUUCAUUCCGUUGAGAGUUUUUCCUAAGACUUUUAUUUAUGCACACACAUGUGCACGUACACGCACAUACACACGCAUAUUCACUGUUAGACCUUCUCUACAAUGCAGUCGCAAAGUCGCAGUCGUAAGGCCGUAGCCAAUCACAUUCGAGCCUCUUGAAAAUGCUGGGUUUGUGAUUGGCUACGGCCCCCACCAACUCGCGUAUUAGAAAGAUAUCGGACCACUGUUGGUCUCUCUUUCUAAUGUAUAACUACGUCCAACGAGAGAACGUUAUCGGAGUAGACGAAAAUGCGUCCGUUCCGCGCAGAUCUCCUCCCUAGAGACCCCCCACUACGCCGCGAUAUAAGCGCGUUAUUGCUAUUAUACAUGCCACCACUACGCCACGCUAUCCCCACUUCACCCGCCUAUGUGCAGACGGAUAACGUUCUCUCGCUGGACGCAGUAUAGUAUUCAGCGCCUCUUACGGGGACGCGCAGUCUAUUAGAUAAGUCUAUAGCGACAACUGGCGAGAACUAGCGCGCAUCGUAGAAUUAAGGAAGAGAUAGAUAUAUCGAGCGGAAAGGAAAAACGAAUAGAGGUCGUAGGGAAAAGACACGUUCUGUUUAGCUCAUAAUACGCGGGCACUCAGGGCCAAACCUGAUUUAAUAAUACAGAUAAACGCUUACAUCGUACUUAUCAAAAAUUCUAACAUGGCAGGGCGAAACAGAAUACAUUGUUAUAUAUGUGACAUUAAGUUACAAUCACGAGUAAUGACAAAUAUUUCUGGAGAUGAAAAUGAGCAAAAGCGUCAGAUCGCAAUUCGACGUCGUAGCGACCUUAAUCAUCCUCCUCAACAGAUCCAAGAUAAUAGUUGUAUAUGUCUUAAUUGUAAUCGAAGUAUUAAUACGGAAAUAGAUGAAUUAGUACGUGAUUCUGAAUAUUUACAACUAAAUGUUGUAAAGCAGACAAAAAAUAGCUCUUGUAUAUUUUGCAAUCAAUUGCAAGAUCUCAGAAAGUUGUCUGUCAAGUGUAGGGUUAAAGUUUUUAUUAUAAAAAAUAUAUACAUACCUGAAUCAACUCGCUGCUGUCUCCGUCAUUUAGACAUCAAUGGCUUUAUACCGCGGCUUCUAUUGGAGGAUUUACAAUUUAUUAAGAGGCCGUAUCGCUUAUCUGGUAUACAGUUGCAACAUUUUCUGCAGGGUUUACGUCAAUCAGCGAGAAUUGAUGAGCCUGAUUUUAACGAUGAACAAAGCUUUUCCGAAGAUGAAUUUAAAUCGCUAAGUCCAAUAACACGCGAGCAAUUUCAAGAUUUAUAUACAUAUUGCGAUUCUGUACUUGAACCUGGUCAAAACGUUCAUCGUCAUGUUAGCAAGAAACAUCUGCUAACAUUUUUAUGCAAAAUUCGACAAGGAUUAUCUGAUGAUUUUCUGAGAGUCAUUUUUAGAUUCGAUAGUAGGCAAGCUGUAAGCCUCGCUAUUACUACAGUGAGAAGAUCAUUAAUGUCACGCUUUGUUCCUCAUAAUAUUGGAUUGAACGCAAUUACAAGAGAGCAAUAUAUUGAAAGGCAUGUGACAGAUUUUGCAAAUGAACUUUAAAACCCUAAUCCCAAUGUUGGUGUAGCAAUUGCAUAUAUAGAUGGAACUUAUGUAUAUAUCAAUAAAUGUAAUAAUUUUAGAGCACUAA